CGUCAGCGUUCAGUUUGUUUUUGUGUGACAUCGGUAGGCUGUUGCAGUUUACGAGCGCACUCACGAUAGACGGCGACGGCGGGCGAAUAGUUUGUGAUUAUUAGUCGUAUUAUUUGUUUUCUUCUCUUCGUCGCGUUCACUUGACGUCAGUGGACAGGUGACGCACAUGAGUUUGUUUUCUUUUCAGUGUGGUGUUGAUGCACGAAGUAGCCAGUGGCGUCGUUAGCCUCGCUAGGCUCGUCAGCCGCCGAGUGUGAGCGACCGCCGUCCUCGGCGGGCUCGGCGGCCUCUAUGCGUGCUCUGGAUCCGGCCGUUGCCGCGUGGAAUUUGUGAAGAAGUUGGGGGGUCUGGCCUGGGUCCAGCAUGGCAGCAGGCGGUCCGGAGCAUGAAGAAGAAACGCUCCAGACGGCCUUCAAGAAGCUGCGAGUGGAUGCCGACAGUUCACUCGCGGCGACUGGUGUGCCCGAAUCUCCUCGAGUGACAGCAAGGGACCCUGGCCCUUCUAAGGCCAAACACGGAGCGUCCAAGGACAACUGGCACGGCAGCUGCAUGAGGAAGGCAUCGCGAGGAGCCAGUCGGACGCAGCGGCGGCGGCGCUCUAAAUCGCCCAUCCUGCACCCACCGAGGUUCACCUAUUCUGCCACACCGCCCCCUGCGGGAGUCCUAAAGAAGUGCACUGAGCUCAGCCCUGCAUCCUCUGGCGGCUUUGGGGCGGUGCCCACCGGGGCUGCUCCGCAUCGACUGUCGGCCACCGUCCCCCCAUCUGAGCUUCCCGGGAAGGACCAGAGCAGCUCAGGAACCGCCCGCGAAAAGGAUGACGCCGACACGCCAGACUUUGGACUUUUGUCCAAGCGCCCUGGUUGCAGUGGCUUGUGUGCUUGCUCACACACAGACGGCGACCCGAAGGCCCGGGAGGGAGCGAGCGGCGGCGCGGCCCCCUGUUGCUGUGCAUUCAAAACGGGUGCUUGGUCCGGCACGGGAGCGUACUCCUUCACGGGACUGCGCAACGUCAUCUCGGAGUGCGAGAGGCGCGGGGGACCCCGGGCCCCGCCCACCAGGACUGCCGGCCUUGCCCACUCGCCGGCCUCCACUCGCUCGUGUUCUUCGCAGGCGCUGGUCUCGGUCGAUGACGUCACCAUGGAGGACCUGGCCGGCUACAUGGAGUUCUACCUCUACAUACCGAAGAAAAUGUCGCACAUGGCUGAGAUGAUGUACACGUGAGUGUAUGUGCACGCCAAUGUGAUCUUCAUCCCUUUCCUGCUUCAAUAAAGUUCAAUAUUUGGAA